AUGAACUCCUUACUUCUUGCGGUCCUGCUUGGCACCCUGCUGGGGUCUGCCUUGGGAAACCACAUGCGAUGCUUUGAGUGCAAAGGAGGCCCCAGCAGCUCCUGCAAAGAAACAGUGGCCACCUGUGGGGAGGGGGAGCACUGUGGCUUCUUGGAGCGCAAACCCCAGCCGGACCGAGGGCAGAACAAGCUGUCUGGAAACCCCUCAGUGACCUUGAUUCAUCACUAUCCAGCCUGCGUGGCGGCCCAUCAUUGCAAUCAAGUGGAAACAGAGUUGGUGGGAGACGUGACUUACACAACCCACAGGGACUGCUGCGUCGGAGACCUGUGUAACAGCGCUGUGGCAAGCACCGUGGCCCCGCCACGCAUCUUGGCUGCAGCAGCCACCGCCCUGGCCUGGCUCUUGCCAGCACUGUGGAGAGGCUAG